CUUCAAUAUUGGCCUUUCCUUUGUUUUCCCUUCUAAUUCCUCAAAUACUCAUCAAUGGAGUUGGAAGCUUCAUGGUUCAUAUACGCUGCAGCAUGGCUAGUAGCACUAGCACUCAUAUUAGUCUCCGGCCAAACCUACCGCCGCCGCCGGCCACUAAACCAACCACCUGGUCCAAAACCAUGGCCUAUCAUUGGCAACCUUAAUCUCAUCGGCUCACUCCCUCACCACUCAAUCCAUAAAUUAGCCCAAAAGUAUGGACCCAUAAUGCAGCUCCGGUUUGGUUCAUAUCCAGUAGUGGUUGGUUCAUCUGUGGAGAUGGCAAAGCUGUUUCUAAAGAUCCAUGACCUCAACUUUGCUUCUCGACCCAAGAUGGCUGCCGGAAAACACACCACCUACAACUACUCCGACAUCACUUGGUCACCUUACGGACCUUAUUGGCGACAAGCCCGUAAGAUGUGUCUCAUGGAGCUCUUCAGUGCUAAGCGUUUAGAGUCCUAUGAGUACAUCCGAGUGGAGGAGACGCAGGCUCUCCUAAAAGGACUCUACGAGUCAUCAGGUCGAGCUGUAAACCUAAAGGAUCACCUGUCAGACGUAAGCCUUAAUGUGAUAAGCCGGAUGGUGUUGGGGAAGAAGUAUUUAGAUGAGUUGACGGAGACAUCGUCAAUGAUGUCAGCGGAGGAGUUCAAGAAGAUGUUGGAUGAGCUAUUUCUAUUGAAUGGGGUCAUGAAUAUAGGGGAUUGGAUACCUUGGAUCGAUUUCAUGGACAUGCAAGGGUACGUGAAGAGGAUGAAGGUGUUAAGCAAGAAGUUUGAUUGGUUUCUGGAGCAUGUGAUCGAUGAGCAUAAUGAGAGGAGGGAGAGAGAAUGUGUGAAAGAUUUUGUAGCUAAGGAUAUGGUUGAUGUGUUGUUGCAACUUGCAGAUGAUCCUAACCUCGAAGUUAAGCUCAAUCGGAGUAGUAUCAAGGCUUUCACUCAGGACCUAAUAGCAGGAGGCACUGAGAGCUCAGCAGUGACUGUAGAAUGGGCCAUUGCAGAGCUCUUGAAAAAACCAGAAAUCUUCAAAAAAGCUUCAGAAGAGUUGGAUAGAGUGAUUGGGAGAGAGAGAUGGGUUGAAGAGAAAGACAUUCCCCACCUCCCUUACAUCAAAGCCAUUGUGAAGGAGACCAUGAGGGUGCACCCUGUGGCACCAAUGCUAACGCCUCGGCUAGCAAGAGAAGAUUGUGAAGUCGCCGGCUAUAACAUCCCGGCAGGGACCCGAGUUUUCAUCAACACAUGGACCAUAGGAAGAGACCCCUCUUUGUGGGAUGCACCAAAUGAAUUCAAACCCGAGAGGUUCAUAGGGAAGGACAUUGAUGUGAAGGGUCAUGAUUUUGAGCUAUUACCAUUCGGGUCGGGUAGAAGAAUGUGCCCAGGCUAUAGCCUUGGGCUGAAGGUGAUUCAGUCAAGUUUGGCUAACCUAUUACAAGGGUUCGACUGGAAAUUGCCAGGUCAAAUGAAACCCGAGGACUUGAAUAUGGAGGAGAUUUUCGGGCUCUCAACACCAAAAAAGUUCCCACUCGUUACCGUGGUGCAACCCCGACUCCCAGCUCAUGUCUAUUGUUUUUGAGUAUGCUUUUUCAAAUCGACAUCAGCUCCUUGUAUGUGGAGAGUAACGGCUCUUCAUGUGAGGUUUUGUGAUGAUACACGUCCUUUUUCUUUCACGCAUGCCCCUGAUAAAUGCUCUCAAUUAUAAGUAAAGGGCAUUUAUAAAAAUAAAAGGAUGCAUGUCAUCACAAAAUCAUACGUACGUCAAUCCUUCUAGUAUGGGAAGCUGAUCCAAACUCUGUUAUUUCUUAUUUGUGUAUCAUUUUCCUAAAAUCCUACUGUUGUCCUGGAAACUAUUAUGUAGCCUUGU